AUGGGCGGAGAUAUCGACCACCGCGAGCGUGACCGUGACGGCGACCGCGAGCACCGCAGUGAACGGCGCUACGACGACCGCGACCGCCGCGAACACCGCGAACACCGUCAUCGGGACAAGGACGAGACCGAGGACGAGCGCCGCGAACGUAAACGCCGUGAACGCGAGCGCGACGACCGCGACAGAAAGUACCGGUCGCGGUACUCGGACGACGAGGACAAGGACAAGGACAAGGACAAGGACCGGGAUUGCGACACGGACCACCGCCGUAGAAAGGAGGAGAGGCGCGAGGACCGCCGCCGCGACGAGACCGAGGACGAGCGCCGCGAGCGCAAGCGCCAGCGCAGGGAGAAGGAGGACCGCCGCGAUAAGGAGCGCGACCAGCGGAGGCGGGAGCGCAAGGAGAAGCGCAGGGACGGGGUCGAGGUCGUCGACGACGACGAGGCCGGGAGCAUGUGGGUGGAGAAGGACGUUGAUGCGGUGAGUGCCGUUGGCUCCAUCCCGACCGCCGACUCACUCCCACUCAAGUCGACGGCUGUGGCGUCUAGCAGCGUCAACGAGCCGCCGGCCCGCGCGACAGAGGACAUGCCCCAGCGCGACUCGUGGAUGGUCGGCCCCGACGACGGUCUGGGUGGCGCUGGAGGCGCCGGCGGCAGCGGCGACGGCGGCGGCGACCUGUUCUCGAGCUUUGGCACAGAGCGCAAGCGCAAGGACCCGAAUGAGAAGAAGCCCGAUCCCGCAAAGGUCGUUCACUCAAAGUAUGAGCUCAACACCCAGCUGCUCGAGGGCAAGUCUGUGGACGAAUACAAGACAGAUGAGAAGAAGACCCAGCUGGGCGGCCCCGGCUACCAAUGGCGCAUGAUGAAGCUCCGUCGCCUGUACGAGCAGGCCGAGGAGCAAGGGCGUGGUGUUGAGGAAGUCGCGCUGGAGCGCUACGGCUCGUUGGACGAAUACAACGACGCACUCGAGGAACGCCGUUUCCUCGAUGACCGUGACGCCCGUCGUCGUCCGCGCGGUGACGCCCGUGGCGGCCGAGGCGGCAGCGACAGUGCCAGUCCCGGGAUGCGCACGCCCGAGGCGUCUGGCCGCCGCUUCGUGUUCAACAACUCGGACGAGUCGCGCCCAGCUUCGCGUCAAGGAUUCAGGCGCCCAGGCGAAGAAAACGACAAGGGCACGCAUACGCCUACUGCCCGUGUGGACGCUUUGCGCCGACAGGAGAGCGGCGCGCGCGCUACGCCCGGUCAAGGCGCUACUCCCAUUCCGAGCGUGUUCACCCCGCAGUCUCUCACGCGGGGCACCUCUGGCGAGCCUCCUCGCGUCGCUUCGCUGGGUGGGAAGCCCGUCAUGUCGAUCGAGCAGCUCAACAGGCUCCAGGCCAAGGUCCUCCGUGCCAAGCUUACGGACGACCCCGAGGCCGAGGCCCUCGAGGAGCAGUAUGAGCGCGAGCGCGCGCAGUACGACGAUGCCGGUGGUGCGGGACCUGUCGCGGCCGGCACCCUUGUCCGUGAAGACGAGGACGGGAACCAGGUGCAGGUCGAGGUGCUCCCCACCCUCGAUGGCCAAGGCCGGCUGUACGAUGUCGGCAAGGGCGACGAGGACGUGCAAUCUGUGCAGGGCGGCAAGCGCCGCAAAAAGGAGCCCAAGUUUGAGACUCGUGACAAGCAAGGCAACCUCCUGCGGUACAAUGCCGACGACGACGAUGUCACACUCGGCGACCUCGUGCGGCAAGAGCGCUUUGGAGGUGGUGCCUCGGACACCAAGAACCUCGAUGCCGAGCUCGCGUCCCAGAUCACCCGCGACGCGCGGUUCGACGACAACCUUGACUACAUGGACGACAAUGCCGACAAGCUCGCGCGCAAGCGCAUGAAGACGGAUGCCAUGAAGCGCGCGUUUGCUAUCAACGAUUACAAGCGCACAAAGAAGGCGCUGGACACGUGCCCCUUGUGCUGGCAAGACGACCGCAAUCCCCUCACUGCCAUCGUUGCCCUCGGCAAGCGCGCAUACCUCAGCUGCACGCUCACCGAGGAGCUUGUUCCAGGCCACUGCCUCAUCGUGCCCAUCCAGCACUGCCUGAGCACACUCGAACUGGACGACGAGGACUGGGAAGAGAUUAGGAACUUUAUGAAGUGCCUAAUGCGCAUGUUUGCGGCCGAGAACAAGGGUGUGCUCUUCUACGAGACCAUCCUCUCGUUCCGCCAGCAGCGACACACGUUCAUCGAAUGCGUCCCGCUCCCGGCCAACGUGUUUGCCGACGCCCCGGCCUUCUUCCGCGAAUCCAUCAUGGCCUCCGAGUCGGACUGGAGCCAGCACAAGAAGCUCAUCGACUUUUCCACCCGUCCCGGUGGAUUCCGCCGCAUGCUCGUCGCCAACAUGCCAUACUUCAUGGUCCAGUGGGACUACAAGGGCGAGAAGGGAUACGGACACGUCAUUGAGGGCGUGGACGACGCCGCGGGCCGUGCUGGCGACGACGAGCUGGGCGGCAUGGACGAAGGUGACGCCGGUGGCGGCAAGUUCCCUCCGUAUUUUGCCGCCGAAAUCAUCGGCAACGUCCUCGGCCUCGAGCCGCGCAAGUGGAUGCGGCCCAAGCGCAUCGACUACAGCAUGAACCCCGAGCGUGCGCGUGCGCUGGGCACAAAGUUCCAGCCGUACAACUGGACUGUCCAGGAGCAGGUGGACGAGGGCCAGUAA